UCCUUUGAGCGCCCCUCCCCCCGCGCGGUAGACUGCGUUCCUGCGGACUGAGCGCCCCCUGGUGGGCCCUGGGGAAAAGAGAGGCCUGGUCCGGGUUCUGAGCCCGAGGACUCCUGCUCCGGGCUUCAGGAGGGGAAGGCGCGGGAAAGCCCAAGUGGAGGACCGAUCCAGGCUGGGCAAAUGUGUCUGUCCAUCACCCAGGACAAAUGUCUGACUGAAUAAUCCAGCCUUCGACCUAAGACCUCACUCAUGUCCCCUGUCUACCCGGGAGCAAGACUCCCAAGUCACCUCCACCAGGAAGAUAGAGCCCAUUAGGAUCCCCCCUCCAAAUUCAAAGGAUGUGUAACGGCCUUUCCCUCCCUGGCGCAGAUAAAGUGUCCGAUUAUAAAGGGAUUAAACAGCAGAGUUUCUUUCAGCCUAUACUACAGAGUGGGGUAGUUCCGGCUCACAAGAUGAAGAAUGAUCCUGAGAUCUUUGCUACUCUCCAAAAGAACCAGUGGAGGCAGGAAACGCAAAGGUGUCCCAGACUGCCCCCUGGCGGCAGGGCGGGCGCCCGAAUGCUGCCCGGAUCCAAAAUGGCAGUACUGGAGGCCUGAGCGGGCGCCUGGAGAAGAUCACGUGUCCAGGGCGGGGCCUGCGUUCAGGGGGCGGGGUGGGGCGGCGCUCUAGGCCGAGCGGGAGGUCGAGGUUGCGGGCGCUCGCUGGUGGCGGAUCUGGUGGCGGCUGCAGUGGCGGGGCUCCGCGGCUGAGGUCGAAUCGGAUCGGGAGCCAUGAGCAUGGACAAGGCUGAGCUAUGCGGGUCUCUGUUCACCUGGUUGCAGAUGUUCCACAUCCCAUCCCCCUGUACCAGUCCCCAGGACUUGAGCAGUGGCCUGGCCAUAGCCUACGUGCUGAACCAGAUAGACCCUUCCUGGUUCAAUGAGGCCUGGCUCCAGCGCAUCUCAGAGGACCCAGGUCCCAACUGGAGAAAGAAGGUUAGCAACCUGAAGAUGAUCUUACAGAGCCUGGUGGAGUACUCCCAGGGUGUCCUAGGACAUCCCAUUUUGGAGCAGCACCUCCCCGAUGUGAGCCUCAUUGGCCAGUUCUCAGACCCCAGGGAGCUUGGCAAGCUUCUUCAGCUGGUGCUGGGCUGUGCCAUCAGUUGUGAGAAAAAGCAAGAGCACAUCCAGAGAAUUAUGACACUGGAGGAGUCAGUUCAGCAUGUGGUGAUGGAAGCCAUCCAGGAGUUCUUGACCAAAGACACCUCUGAUACCUUGCCAGUGGAGACAUAUGGGAACUUUGACAGCCAGUCCCGCAGGUACUACUUCCUGAGUGAGGAGGCUGAUGAGGGGGAUGAGCUACGGCAGCGCUGUCUGGACCUGGAGCGGCAGCUGGUGCUCCUGUCAGAGGAGAAGCAGAGUCUGGCACAGGAGAAUGCAGUGCUGCGGCAGCAGGUGGGCCAGCCAGAGGGUGAGGUUGCCACGGGCCUCACUGCCAAGAAGCUGCUGCUGCUACAGUCCCAGCUGGAGCAGCUGCAGGAAGAAAACUACAGGCUGGAGAAUGGCAGGGAAGACGAUCAUCUUCGAUGCAUGGAGCUGGAGCGAGAGGUCGCUGAGCUGCAGCAGCGGAACCAGGCACUGACUAGCCUGGCCCAGGAGGCGCAGACCCUGAAGGAUGAGAUGGAUGAGCUGCGGCAGUCCUCGGAGCGUGCUGGGCAGCUGGAGGCCACACUGAGCAGCUGCCAGCGCCGACUGGGGGAGCUCAGAGAGCUGCGGCGGCAGGUGCGGCAGCUGGAGGAGCGCAACACAGGCCACGCAGAGCGCACACGGCAGCUAGAGGAGGAGCUGCGCAGGGCUGGCUCUCUGCGUGCCCAGCUGGAGGCUCAACGGAGGCAGGUUCAGGAACUGCAGGGCCAGUGGCAGGAGGAGGCCAUGAAAGCUGAGAAAUGGCUAUUCGAGUGUCGCAAUCUGGAGGAAAAGUAUGAGUUGGUGACAAAGGAGAAGGAGCGCCUGAUGGCCGAGCGGGACUCAUUGCGGGAGGCCAAUGAGGAGCUGCGUUGUGCCCAGCUGCAGCCUCGGGGACCCACCCAGGCUGAUCCCUCAUUGGAUCCCACCUCACCAGCUGGAAACUUAGCAGCAGAGAUGCUACCUGCGGAGCUCAGGGAGACGCUCCUGAGGCUUCAGCUGGAAAACAAGCGUCUGUGCCAGCAGGAGGCUGCCGACCGGGAGCGGCAGGAGGAGCUACAGCGCCACCUGGAGGAGGCCAACCGAGCGCGCCACGGGCUGGAGACACAGCACCGGCUGAACCAGCAGCAGCUGUUAGAGCUGCGGGCCCAGGUGGAGGACCUACAGAAGGCACUGCAGGAGCAGGGGGGCAAGACCGAGGAGGACUCCGUCCUGCUAAAGAGGAAGCUACAGGAACACCUGCAGAAGCUGCAUGAGGCGGAUCUGGAGGAGCUGCAGCGGAAGCGCGAGUACAUUGAGGAGCUGGAGCCACCUGCCGACAGCAACACAGCCAGGCGUAUCGAAGAGCUUCAGGACAGCCUGCAGAAGAAGGAUGCAGACUUGCGGGCCAUGGAGGAGCGGUACCGUCGAUAUGUGGAUAAGGCACGCACGGUCAUACAGACCUUGGAACCAAAGCAGCGGCCACCCAGAGGGGCGCUUCCAGAACUCCAUACCUUGAGGACGCAGCUCCGGGAGCGGGAAGUCCGAAUCCGGCACCUAGAGAUGGACUUUGAGAAGAGUCGAAGUCAGCGGGAGCAGGAAGAAAAGCUUCUCAUCAGUGCCUGGUACCUGCAGGGCAUGGCCUUACAGCAACGAGCAGGGGAAGAGCGGUCACCUGCCCAUGCUCAGUCGUUCCUGGCCCAGCAGCGCCUGGCCACCAAUGCUCGCCGUGGACCAUUGGGACGCCAAGUAUCUCUGAACAUGCGCUCCACUGACAAGCACUGAUGUACCUCAGGAUCCUGCCGCCUGUCCAGCCAGUCAGGGCUUGAUCCACCCUGGAUUCUGCCUGGAUUCCCCCAACUCCCCUGGGGCCUAGCAUCAUGCCAGGGUCAGCUGCUUGAGAGCCUUGAGGUCAUGACCUGUGCCUUUUCCUCUCCCAAAUGAGCCAAGGAUACAGGACAUGGUGAGAGGCAGGUAUAGGGCUGUUCUUUUUAGCAAUGUGAUUCUUAUCCUUAAUAUUCUCCCUGGGGUUAAUGAGUUGCCAGGGUAGAAAGAGUGAUUUUAUAUUUGAGAAGAAAAAUAAUAAAGACUUUAAAUCUGUUCUGGCUAGACUCUAGUGAGGGGAAGAUGGGCCAGGGAUUCAAACCACUGCUUU